AUGGAGCAGCUUGCCCAGUUCGUCUCCAAAAGCUUCGACAACGCGGUGGCUGCGGCGGCGGCGAGCGUCGAAGCCGCCGCUGCCGGCUGCAGGUCGGCCGCCGGCGCCGGCGGCAGGAUCACGCUCAGUGUCGCGCAUCUUAUCGGCGAUCACGCUGUGGACGACGAUGACCGACAUGAAGGCGUGCAGGAGGCUGCGAUCGGUGUCGUCGAGACGAGCGGAAAUGUCGAGGAGCCGCCGUCGCCGGAAGGCCGAUUACAACCGGAGGAUUUGUCCGUCGCGGCCAAGAUCAAGGACAUCCGAGAUACCGCGGAGAGUCUGCCGCCUCUGAAGACUCCCGAGCUAAAGCUGUCGGUUCGCAAACUUCUCGGAUGCACCCCCUCGCCGCCGCCUAUAUCGAGGGAUCGAUCACCCAGUCCGGAAAACUGCGUCAAAAAUCAAAACUCGAAUGACGGCAAAACAACUGCAUCUUCCAAUGACCAGGCGAAAAUAUCCUCGCAAGUUACAAGGUCGAGCGGUCAAGAAGACUCUACCAAAGGAUCCAAUUGUCGGAACAACGGAAACGGCAACGGCAAGCAGAGGAGAUCGCGAACGAACUUUACCAUUGAGCAGUUGGCCGAGCUCGAGAGACUCUUUGACGAGACGCACUAUCCUGACGCGUUCAUGAGAGAAGAGUUAAGUCAGCGACUCGGUCUCAGCGAAGCGAGGGUGCAAGUCUGGUUCCAGAAUCGACGCGCCAAGUGCCGUAAGCACGAGAGCCAAUUGCAUAAAGGCGUCGCUGGGAGUAUGGUACUGGCACCGCGUAGCCCGCCGACGACGUUGGAACCGUGCCGGGUAGCACCAUAUCUGCCGGCGCUCAGAUUGCAUCCGCCGCCGCCGAUGCAGGGAACAGGUGCCGCGAGUGUGACAGUGGGCUCGGCUUUCGAUCCGGCUGUCCUACACUACGCAGCGGCUGGCGGUCUCUUCUGUUUGCCGCCACCGCCACCCUCGGCACCGUCGGCCGGUCAUCCCCCUCAUCCGUUGAGUCUGGCAGCGUCGCUGGCCGCCGCGGCAGCCCGCUCGAAGAACAGCAGCAUCGCGGAUUUGAGGUUGAAGGCGAGGCGACACCAGGAGGCCUUAGGGCUCGACAGGCCCGCGUAA